AUGGCUGCAGUAGCCCAGAAGCACUUUUUGGAAGGGCAGACAUACUCAGUCCCCCUGAUCCAACAGUAUCUGCAAAAGGUGUCGGCUGACAUCUUCAACAGGAUUUCUCAGCGGGUGGAGGCCAGCCGGGCACAGCUUCAGGCCAUCGGUGAGAGAGUCACACUCGCCCAAGCGAAGAUUGAGAAGAUAAAGGGCAGCAAGAAGGCUAUUAAGGUGUUUUCCAGUGCCAAGUACCCAGCCCCUGAACGGCUGCAGGAGUACAGUUCCAUUUUUGCUGGUGCAGAAGACCCAGCUAAACAGAAAUGUCCAAGGCAUAAGAUUCAGAGCAAACACCGAAUGCUGGAUGAGAAAGCUCUGCAGGAAAAGCUCAAGUAUUUCCCUGUGUGUGUGAGCACCAAAAUUCACCAGGAGGAUGAUGCAGAAGAAGGCCUUGGCAGCCUUCCCAGGAACAUCAGCUCCCUCAGCUCCUUGCUGCUCUUCAAUACCACUGAGAACCUGUACAAGAAGUAUGUUUUUCUGGAUCCUCUGGCUGGAGCAGUGACCAAGACCCAUGUGGCUCUGGAAACAGAGACAGAAGAGAAGCUGUUUGAUGCUCCUCUCUCCAUCACCAAAAGGGGACAGCUGGACCGACAGGUAGCUGAAAAUUACUUCUACGUGCCAGAUCUGGGCCAGGUCCCUGAGAUUGAUGUGCCAUCCUACCUGCCAGACCUGCCUGGCAUCGCUGCAGAUCUCAUGUACAGUGCUGAUCUGGGCCCUGGCAUCGCACCCUCUGCCCCUAGCAGUGCUAUUCCAGAGUUGCCCACUUUCAACACUGAGUCCGUGGAGCCUUUGCAACCAGAUCUUCACGAUGCUGAACUAUUGCCACCUCCUCCUCCUCCUCCCCCACCGCCUCCCCCACCGCCUCCUGUUCUGACAGCUGUGCCUCCUCCACCGUCCCUGCCCCAGCCCACAGCCCCCGCGGAGCCACCGCGGCCAGUGAGUGAGGAGAGCAGCCACAGGCCGCCUGCAGCUUCUGUCCAGGGAGCCCCAAAGGAGGUGGUGAACCCCUCUACUGGGCGUGCCAGUCUCCUGGAGUCCAUCCGCCAGGCUGGUGGCAUUGGGAAGGCCAACCUCCGCAGUGUCAAGGAGAGGAAGCUGGAGAAGAAGAAGCAGAAGGAACAAGAACAAGUGAGAGCUACAGGACAAGGUGGAGAUUUGAUGUCAGACCUCUUCAACAAGCUGGUGCUGAGGCGCAAAGGUAUUUCGGGGAAAGGGCCAGGAGCCUCUGGGAAUGCUGAUACUCCUGGAAGACCUGCUGGUGCCUUUGCUCGUAUGUCAGACUCGAUACCACCUCUCCCACCCCCACAGCAGCCCAUCGGUGAGGAGGAUGAGGAUGACUGGGAGUCAUAA